GAACGAUAAUGUUCGCUGGUAGACCCCGAGUGAUUAGAAAUACUCGAUGUAACAUGUACUUAGAGAUGUAGGGGCGGAUGACUCCGAGAGACGCAACAGACGUACAAUACAUAAACUCCGUCAUGGCACACAUCAGUAUAAGUCUUGCUCAACUAUAAACUUUCUUUCCGUCCAUACACCAAAAUGAUAAAGCCUACAUUCGCCAACCCGACAAUCCCUCAGGGUUCUACCGUUCUCGUUACCGGCGCCAAUGGUUUAAUUGCUUCUCAUGCCGUUGAUAGACUCCUAGAAGCGGGUUAUAAUGUCCGGGGCACCGUUCGCAACCCCUCAAAGUGCACGUGGAUGGUACCGUUAUUCGCAUCACGCCAUCCAUCAAGUCAAUUAGAAAUCGUGCAGGUCUCGGACUUCGGUGCACCCGGGGCGUGGAAUGACGCUGUCAAAGGAGUCGCUGCCGUUGUAGCCGUGGCUGGUGGUGUAGGCCUAAUAGUUCCAGAUAUCGACAAGUCACUUGAAGAAGAGAUACCGUGGAAUGAAGCGCUCCUGCAGGCGGCAAAGAAUGAACCUACAGUCAAGGCAUUUAUCUAUACGAGUAGUUCGUGGGCGUCGUGGACCCCGGAUCAAACCAAGAAGAUCAAAUUGACGGAAUGGACCUGGAAUGAUGAUGCCGUGAGAAUAGUCAGGAGCGACGCUACUCCCGAGGAGAAAGGAAUCCGGCCGUACAUGGCAUUCAAAACUCUACUCGAGCAGUGGAUUUGGGAUUGGGUCAAAAGAGAGAACCCCUCUUUCACCUUCAACACGAUUCUCCCCCAAACGGUCAUCGGCGAAUGCCUAGACCCCGAGCACCAAGGCAUCAUAAGCACAUGCGGCAUGGUGAAGGAUCUCUACGAGGGCAAAAACCUAGACGUUCUAAAAAUGCUCCCGCCCCAAUGGGUUUCCGACACACGCGACACCGGCUUGCUCUACGUAGCGGCCCUGAUCACCCCAGGCGUAGACAGGGAGAGGCUUUAUCCGUGGAGCGACCGGUAUAGCUGGCCUAGGAUUGCCCAGAUCCUGAAGAAGCUGUAUCCGCAGAAGGAUAUCCCGGUCUUGGAGGAUGACGGGUGGGAUCAGACGGAAGUGCCGAAUAAGAGGGCUGAGGAAUUGCUGCGAGGCUUGGGUCAGGAUGGAUGGACUAGUCUUGAGGACAGUGUGAAGGCUUGUGCGAAGGGCUUCGUGAAGGAUUGAUCAUGGAUUGAUAUAGCUACAGCAGGAUUUUAAUUAAGUAACUGAGAAUAUGAUAUUCAACCACAUAAACAUGUCCCUAGGGUUAAAAGGGACGGUUUCGUUAAGCCAGACGAGAAU